GAUUGUUGAAAGAAGGACGUGAAGAGAAUUUUCCUAACGUUUUGUGUCAUUUCUUCAACAUAAAUCGCCAUGGGUAGGUCGCGAAGUAGGAGCAGAUCAUCAAGUCGGCACAGACAUAGCAGAAAUAAGAAAAAACGACGAAAUACAUCGCGAUCGCAGUCUAGAGAACGAAGUAGUCGCCAUGGAAGUAGUCGUUACAGAUCGAGGUCACGGGAUCGAGAUCGGGAAAGAGAAAGAAAAAGAAGAGCCGAAAAAAAACAGAGAUCUAUAUCCUCCAGUAGUUCCAGCAGUGAUGAUGAUCUGAUAUUACGAGCUAAGAGGCGGGAAGAGGAGGAGAAAAAGGCAGAAAUUGAGAAGCAGAGGUUAAUACGUCAAAAAGAAUUAGAAGAAAAACUAAUCGAGGAAGAGGUUGCUAGGAGGGUGGAGGAAUUGGUUGCUAAGAGAGUUGAGGAGGAGUUAGAACGAAGGAAAGAUGAGAUAGAGGCGGAAGUAUUGCGGAGGGUGGAGGAAGCAAAGGCCAUCAUGGAAAAACAAAUGUUGGCAGAGCUGGAGAAACAACGGGAGGCGGAGGUGCAAGCCCAGAAAGUGAAAGAGGUAUUACUUCCGACAGAUUUUCAUGCGAGAUAUUUUUGGCAAUCCUUGAAACUUUUUCUUUUCUGUCCCAAAUUAAAAAGAAUAAUUUCGAUUCCCUGAUAACAUUUUAUUUCUGCAUUAAUCCAAGAAUUUCUGAUAUUUAAAGAUUUUGUAAUGGUAGACUUUUAAGAAAAUUGUAAAAUCAGCAUUUAAGUUUUUGUAGAUUUAUAUUUGUAAAUGACUAUUUUGUACAUUUUUUUUUUUGUAAUUUUGUUUUGUAAUCUUGGAUCACUGCAACGAAUUCUAUAUUUCUGAUGGGCCACAAAAUUUUUGAAGAUUUUUUUUAUCACAAGAAUAUUAACUUUGUCGGAUUUGUAUUCUAGAAAAUGCAAAGGCCAACUCAUCAAUGCAUAGCUAUUUAAAUACUACAAAAUUUUGUGGCCUGAAAAUAAGGUAUGCCAAAAGUAUGCUCCUUGGGCUAUGCUCAAGAUUUUUGCAGUUUUGGGUAAGAGUUAAGCAUAAGCAUUAUUAUUCCAUUUUUGACCCAAAAGCCAAAAUUAAAAAAUUCUAAGAACUCUGUCCUGAAUCGCAUUCUGAGCUAGCCAUUGUUAUAAUGAAUUAAUGCCUUAAUUAAACCCAAUUCUUUUCAGCAAAUGAGCAUUUAGCUCGUAUCACAAAUUUUAAAAUAAGUUUUUAUCACUUCAAAGCUAUAAGCUUAAAAGAUUUCACUAAUUUUGACCAAAGAGUUUUGUAGGUUAAAAGACAACUUUUGGCUGUCUCAAGUGGAUUAUUUUUGUUAGAAUUUUAAUACGCAAAUGUUACGCAAGUAUAAGCCUUAAAUUUUUUGUCAGAUACGAGUAAAAGAAAGUAUGCUUGCUUGCUUGCUAUGUUUCGUCAUUUUGCAUUCCCAUCGACACAAAGGAACAAAGACUCUUUUAAAAAGGCGGUUUGUGUGUUUGUGUUCAAGACUGUACAGUCAGAGGGAUUUUUUUCGUUUUUUGUUGUACUCAUUUGAGAUUGAUCUGCACUUUGACCUUUUCUUUUGAACUUUGACAUUCAUCAGCCAUGAACUUUGAACCUAUGCAUCAAUUGGUAUUUGCUGAGUGUUCAUUACUUCAGUUUUGACUCUAGAGCUAUGAACUUUGACCUUCAUAUACAGUGGUAAUGAACUUUGACCUUCACAAGUUAAGAACUCAUGGCAGUGUCUUUGAAUCUCAGUGACCUACAUGUUAUGAACUGUGACCUCAAGUCUAAAUGAACUUUGACCUACUUGUUAUGAACUUGACCUACAUAUCAUGAACUCUUGACCUCAAUGAGAAAGUGAGAAAGAUUUGCAGGAUGGUUAAUGAGAAAACACUGUUGCAGAAAAUGGCCGUUUGGUAUGUACGCCGGUAUGGAAGAGAGGUAACACUAUGAGCCCUGUAUUUACAUAUUGCACGCAAAACAACCAUAAACAGAUAUUUGUACAUUUCGUUUCACUAAUAUGUUCUGUUUUAUUUCAGGUUUCUAUUUCGAAAAGAUUCAAAUCUUCGAAAAUUUUCUAAUCUCAUUUUUCAUUCGACCAAAAUCAGAAUAUAUUUCAAGGAUUUGAAAUCUU